AUACUUCUCGACCGGUAUAUCGACGUACCUAGUCGCUACGGGUUGGUUCCUGGUGAAGCACAGGUAAAAAACAGGAAAUCAACACUCAUGAAGCGGCGUGCAGGUGGCUGGGAAAUUAAAAAUGUUGCGGGGUUGCUAGAGUGGACUUCAGUACACCUGUGCACGACGAGUGGAGAGUUCUUUCUGCGCGGUUCAAGCAGCGCAUCUAAUGCUCCAUUCGAUUGGCAGCAUGAUUUCGCAGUGUUCGACUCUAUGGACAAAGAUCUCAAGCACGGACCGUUGAACGAGGACGGAAUCCUCGGUGUCACGGACGGAACGUAUCGCUUGCAUUUUGAUGGCUGGACUCUUAUGGACUUUGGCACGUACACCACCCACUACGAGAAGAAGCGCUACUCCAAGACCUUUGCGCCAUGGGCGUACAUGUUCGUACGCACCGAG